UUAUGGGAUGUGCAUCAAAGAGUGUCUGUGACAACCCCCAGCUGGCCUCACUGUAUCUUUCUUCUGGCUCCAAUGCGUUUUCUUGUUGUCAAGGAAAUUACUGCAAUAAUCUGAACACAUCGAUGCAGUGUCCCAAUUGUACUCUUCAGACCUUGCAGUCAUGUCCAUCAGGUUCACCAUCUUGCAACUCUUCAUUCUUGACAUGUGCAGCGAAUGUGUAUCACUCAGAAUCCCAAAUUUCUUCUUUUCACUAUUUUUACACAACCUGCACAAGUUCUGCCACAUGCAACAACACCAGCUCGUAUUUUAAUGGAUACUACAAAGUGUUUCAGAUUUCAGCGUGCUGCAGCCCAGGCACCUGUGACUUGCAGAGACUCACUGAUAACACCUUUAAUACUCCAAAUGGCCUGAUGUGCUGCAUGGGACCAAACAUUACUUGUGACGUGACCACUGAGUGUGUUGGUACUGAGGACACCUGCUUCAUACAAGGAUAUGGAACUUUUUAUUAUAAAGGAUGUAUGACAAAAAAUGACUGUUACAACUCCAUUUCAUAUGUUAAUGAAUUCCAAUACUGCUGUCAGGGGAGCCUCUGCAAUAAUCUUGAUGCAAUUUCCAUGCUGACUUGCAAUUUCUGUUCAUCAAAUUCUUGGGACAUGUGCCAAAAUCAAUCAAUGAUGUGUUUUCCCACAAGUGGACAAUGUGCAAGUGUUUCCUCUUUCAACAGUUAUAAUGGCAUGUAUCUGAAUUCUUAUGUGAGCAGAGGCUGUACGCCGAAUCCCAGCUGCAACAUGACUGCCUCCAUUAACACGGGAUAUCAGAGCAUAACAAGUACCUCCCAGUGCUGUAACUCCAGUCUGUGCAACACCGACAAAGUUACACUGAAUGCCUCCAGUGACCCAAAUGGCCUGCUGUGUUGUUAUGGAGGAGGCAGCACCUGCCAGAACGUGGUGACCUGCACCAGCAAUCAGGACUACUGCUACACAUCAGAUGGCAUCUCAAGCUCUUACCAGGGAUGCGCUUCACAAAGUGUAUGUGACAAUCCAGCUGGUGCUUCAGCCUUACUUCAACUUUAUUAUCUUGGCACAACGAUCAGCUGUUGUCAAGGAAAUUUCUGCAACAGACUCUACAAAGGUUUAAUCUGCAAUUUCUGCUGGACAUCCUACUCUGGAGGCCAGUGUGGCAACAGCAUUUCUCAGUGUGGUGGUCUGAAUUCCUCAUGUGCAGCAAUCAUUGAGUCCAACACAAUGUUACGCUUGGGCUGCGUGGAUUCAGCUGUCUGCAACACGAGCGCCUCCAUUAACUACGGAUAUGGGAGCAACGCACAGAUCACCCAAUGCUGCGACUCUGACUUGUGCAACACAAAAAACAUUACAGAUAACACGAUGACAGUCGCCAAUGGCUUACUGUGCUGUGCUGGGAUCAAUGGGACUUGUCAGCAGGUGGUGAAUUGUGUGGGCAUAGAGGACCACUGCUUUACUGCAGUUGAUGGAUACACAACCUACCAGGGCUGCGCAUCAACAAGUGUCUGUGACAAUCCUGGAAGUUCAAACGCACUCAACAUUACUUUUAGUUCCCAGAUUACCUGCUGUCAAGGUGUCCUCUGCAAUAAACCCAAUUCCUCUUUGCUGUGUAACUCUUGUCUCUCUCCAUACUCCUGGAAUCAGUGCAUAAGCAGCAUUACACCAUGCAAUUCUUCUUUUUUGGCCUGUGCGACCAUGUUAAGACCUGCCUCAAGCUGGUAUUGGUACUCACAAACAACCUUUCAGAGGUCCUGUGCAACUCCGGACAUCUGUAACACAAGUGGCUCCAUAAACUAUGGAUAUGGGAGCAGCACGUGGAUCUCCAAGUGCUGUAACACAGACCUGUGCAACACUGAAACGGUCAAUACAUCGGCUGAACUGAAUGGACUGGUGUGCUGUACAGGGAUGUAUGGCAACUGCCAACAGGUUCUCAGCUGUACUGGAAUGCAGGAUCGCUGCUUCACAGCAUAUAAUGGAUGGAAUAAUUACUACCAGGGAUGUAUUUCAAACAACCUCUGUGAGAACUCAACAAAUGCAAAUCUCAUCAUACCAAUUUUUGGUGUUUCACAGAUCAAUUGCUGCCAGGGGAGCUUGUGCAAUAAACCAAAUAACACCAUAAUUUGCAAUAACUGUUUCUCUCCAUAUUCUUGGAUGCCCUGCACUAACAGUUUCAGUACCUGCAGUCCAGUGGGGUCAUCAUGUGGCUCAGUUCUGUCAUCACAAUCAAACUAUGGAUUUACCCAGUCGUCAUUCAGUUUUGGCUGUGUAAUAUCACAGAACUGCAACAUGAGCGGCUCCAUUAACUACGGACUUGGGACAUUCUCUUGGAUUUCUCAGUGUUGCACCUCAGAUCUUUGUAACACCCAGCAAGUUAACGUAUCCAGUGGGCCAAAUGGAUUAGUGUGCUGUGUUGGAAACAGCGGGGCAUGUCAGAGCACGAUAAACUGCACUGACAUCCAAGACCACUGCUUCAUUGCAGACGAUGGAGUCAAUGCAUACUAUGGAUGUUCUUCAAGAAGUGUCUGUGACAGCCCUGGCAAUUACAGCUCCAUCCUGCACAUCUCUUUCGACUCAACUUACAUGUCGUGCUGUCAAGGCAACCUCUGCAACAAGCCCACUCACCUGCUGACUUGUAAAGGCUGUUCUGCGUAUUCCUUGGACACGUGUCAAAAUACAUCAAAUGUCUGCAGUUCUCAAUGGAGUCAGUGUGCAACGGUGGUAAUUUCAAGCUACAACAUCUGUGAUGGAUAUCAAAAUUACCCAGUUCAGAAGUAUUGUGCACCUCCAAGUAGCUGCAACAUUAGCAUCUCCUAUGUUGACAACAUUUGGACAAAGUCCUGGAGCUCAAAGUGCUGCAACUCAGAUCUGUGUGACAGUAACGUAAACAUUGUGCCAAGUGGGCUGCUGUGUUGUUCAGGUAAUGACGCGUCCUGCCAAAGCACAGUGUCCUGCACGAUAGACCAAGACUUCUGCUUCACACUGGAUGCUGGAUAUAAUGUAUAUCAGGGAUGUGCUUCCCAAAGAGUCUGUGAGAAUCCUGGGAAUGCUGCCACUUAUUUUCAGAACAUGGUGCCUGUGUCUUCUGGUUCCCAGCUUAAUUGCUGUCAAGGUCUCUAUUGUAACAAGCCAAACUCAACCUUCAUUUGUCAGUCUUGCUUGGCAAGUUCAUGGGAUUCGUGUGGAAGUAGAUACAUCGCCUGCGACUCUCACUCAUCAGCUUGUGCAACAGUUUUGGAGUCCAACUACGUAUACUGGAAUAGCAUGACAAGCUUCAGCAGGUCUUGUUCACCUUUGCCCAGCUGUAACAUGAGCACAUCGAUAAACUUUGGAGGAGGGAGCUACACCAAGAUCUCAACAUGCUGCAGCUCGGACGCAUGCAACAUGGAUAACGUUACUGUGUCCAACUUGCCAAAUGGACUGAAGUGCUGCUGGGGUGGGAACUGCCAGUAUUCGGUGUCCUGCACGGGAAUUCAAGACUACUGCUUUACUUCAGAUAAUGGCUACCAGGGCUGUGCCUCUUCUAGUGUCUGUGCCAAUUCUUCAUAUGUGGCUGAGGUGUUGAAUGUCAAUCUAGGGUUGAAGAUCGACUGUUGCCAAGGAUUCCUCUGCAAUAAAAACUAUUCUGGCUUGAGCUGUAAUGUCUGUAACUCACCUGUCUCCUGGAGCCAGUGUGUAAGCAGUGUGUCUGGCUGUGACCAACAGGAGGCGACCUGCGUAACACUCCUGCAGACACAAAGCGAUAACUACAACUCAAUCAUGUACAGCAGGUCUUGUGCAACUCCAGUGGGGUGUAACUUGACUGGAUCAGUUGACUACAAUUAUGGAAGGAGAAUUUGGAUGUCCAAAUGCUGCAGCUCGGACCUUUGCAACACCGAUGAUGUUCUUGAUUCUACUGAACCAAAUGGGCUGCAGUGCUGUGCUGGUGUCGGUGGAACUUGUCCAAAUUUGAUCAACUGUGUGGGCAUUGAUGACCUCUGCUUCCUCUCAGAUGAUGGCUUCUCCGUGUUUCAAGGCUGUGUGUCAAGUAGCGUCUGUGAAAACCUGACGGAGUUGGCACCCCUGGUGUCUUUGUCUCCUGGUCCAUUCUUUGAGUGCUGUCAUGGGAACUUCUGCAAUUCACAGAAUUUAACACUGACCUGUAAGAUAUGGACUGACCAGAAUCAAAAUGUGACGUGCAAUUCCAAGUGGAGGUCAUGUGCAACAAUUACAGUAAUUAAUCAUUACAAUACUUACUACUUGAAAUCUGUUACUAGUGACUGUUUAAGUCAAGAUCAAUGCAAUACGACCUUAUCAUUUAACUACCUGCAGUCAAGCACAAUAUGGACUUCACAUUGCUGCGACUCUGAUCAAUGCAUCGCUGAAACAGAUGAUGGCAUCACCAUCCGACAGGGAUGUGCAUCACAGGGCGUGUGUGACAAUUCAACAACUGCCCGACAUCUGUUGGGGUUGAAUAAUGGCUACAAAAUGAACUGCUGCCAAGGGCUUCUGUGCAAUAAACCCAGCAACAUCGUGGGUUGUAUUAACUGCAGAUCGCAGACUCCCUGGGAUAUCUGCGAAAGCGACUAUCUGAACAUCGUCCCUUGUAAUUCUCAGACCUCGGCCUGUGGUGUUGUGCAGUUUAAUUCUACCUCACCAAAUUUCUUUAGGAAUUGCCUGCCUGUGGACACAUGCAAUGCAACAGCAUCAUUUAGCUUUUCUGACAUCAACAUCACGUGGAGCCCCAGCUGUUGCAGCACUGACCUCUGCAAUGCUGGCAAUGUUUCAGUCGUUCCCUUUGAUGCACCAAAUGGGCUGAUGUGCUGCACUGGGCAAGACAUGGAGUGCCGGCAAAUCACAAGCUGUGCAGGGAGUGAGAACUACUGUCACACAACAGUUUUCAAUAGCUUCAGGACAAUGGGGUGCACAUCAAGAAGUGUCUGUGAUAAUCCAUCUCUUCUCAACUUUUAUACAUCUUCAACUGCACAGAUUGACUGCUGUCAAGGCUUCCUAUGCAAUAAACAGAAUUAUACAGUUGUUUGCAAUCAAUGUGAUGCUUCCACCUGGGACGCGUGUUCAAGUACUAUCAUUUCGUGUGGGUUUCAGUCAACCUCUUGCGGUGUGGCAGUUGGUCAGUUGUACUACGGCGAUGUACUCAGCCGUCAGACUGCCACCAGAUACUGCGCUGCACCUGAAACUUGUAAUGUAAUGUUGUCCCUAAACUUAGGGACAAGAAUUCAGAUUUGGACCUCGCAGUGCUGUGACACCAAUUACUGCAAUGCUGAAAACAUCACCCUUGGUGCCUUCAACGAGUCCAAUGGUCUGGUUUGCUGUGGUGACGUCAUUUGCCAGACCACCGUGAACUGCACAGGGCCACAAGACUCCUGCUUCUGCAGUGAAAGUGGGUUUUGUGGAUGCAUCACGAAGAAUAUUUGUGACUACCCUGCCUAUGCUGCAGUCCAGUUGGGCUUGAAUAUUGGAGUGUCGUUAAGGUGCUGCCAGAGCCUCCUGUGCAAUUCCUUGAAUACUGUUUGCAAUACGUGUUUUUCACCUUCUUCUUGGGAUACCUGUAACAAUGGGAUGACGACAUGCAGCUCUGCAUCUGACGUGUGUGAAACCCUGCUGGAAUCGCACAAUCUAGUUUGGCUCAAUUUCACAAGCUACACCAGACAGUGCAUGGCUGCAGGGACGUGUCCCAAAAGUGUGUCCCUCAAUUACGGGUAUGGAAGUGUCACCAGGCUUUCAGAGUGCUGCAACUCAUCUCUAUGCAACAAUAAUGCAGUUUCCAUAUCCAGUGAUCCUAAUGGGCUGAUUUGCUGUGCUGGAAGUGAUGGUAUGUGUCAAACAACGGUGAGCUGCAUGGGUAUUCAGGACCACUGCUUUGUAUCAGAUGAUGGGUCUCUUGUAUACCGGGGCUGCACCUCAGGAAGUGUCUGUGAAGAUCCGUCCAACUUAAGCAGUCUCUUCCAAAUAUCCCUGACUUCUCCGCUUCACUGUUGUCAAGAAAAUCUCUGCAAUAACCUCAAUUCAACUCUCAUUUGUAACGAGUGCCUUUCUCCCUUCCCGUGGGUGAACUGUGUGAACAGAAUUGCAUCGUGUGGCUCUCAGGCCACAGCCUGUGCCACGGUGGAGCAGUCGUUUAGCGCAGAUUUUCUUAGCAACAGCACCACUCAGCAAUACUGCACAGUCCCUGCCAUCUGCAAUACCAGCGUGUCUGUCAGGGACGGAGCAGGAAGCUACACAUGGAACGUGCAGUGCUGCGGCUCAAAUCUGUGCAACACGGGGAGCGCUAACGUGUCCCUCGAGCCAAACGGGCUGGUGUGCUGCUCAGGAAAUGAUGGCACCUGCCAGACGAUGGUGACUUGCACGGGCAGCCAGAACUAUUGCUUCAUGUCAGGUGAUGGAUCAGUUAGCUACCAGGGAUGUGCUUCACUAAACGUGUGUGAGAAUCCUGCAAACUUGUCCUCCAUCUUGCCAAUUUCUGUCCCUUCACAGAUUCUCUGCUGCCAAGGAAACUUCUGCAACAAAGCCAGCUCUAUCUCUAUCUGUAGUGAGUGUUACUCUCCGUAUUCCUGGGACACUUGUCUGAGCAGCCUUAUCACCUGCAGCUCCCCAAACUCCUCCUGCUCAAGUGACGUCAAGUCAUUCUCAGUUGGAUACACUUCCACUUCUUUCCAGAGACAAUGUGCAGCCCCAGCGAAUUGCAACAUCAGUGCAUCAGUUAACUAUGGAUUAGGGAGCAACAGCUGGACUUCACAGUGCUGCCAAGCCGACAUUUGCAACACUCAGCUAGUUUUCAUAUCCAGUGAGCCGAAUGGACAGGUCUGCUGCCAAGGAAGUGACCCAUCCUGCUCAAGUGUGGUCACCUGUACAGGUGAUCAGGCCUACUGCUUCACAUCAGGCACUGCUGGAAACCUUCUUCUUGGAUGUGCUACGAAAUACGUCUGUGACAAUCCAGAUAUGGCAGCUACCAACCUGCAAGUGCCGCUCAGCUCCCAAAUGAGCUGCUGCCAGGGCAAUGUCUGCAAUAAAGCCGGUGGAACAUUAAUUUGCUAUGACUGCUUCUCUUCAGUUUCUUGGGGUACCUGCCAGUCGGUACACGCGUGUGACCCUCAAGGCUCUUCCUGUGCCUCGGGCUACUCCUUGUAUGGAUCAAAUUUCUACUCCUCUCUAAUCUCCUGGAGGUCCUGCCUUCCCUCAGCGUACUGCAAUUUGAGCGCCUCUAUCGGUUAUGACUAUGGAAGCAGCACAUGGAUUUCUCAGUGUUGCAGCUCUGAUGUGUGCAACACCAAUAACGUUACAAACAUGGCCAGUGAGCCGAAUGGGCUGAUAUGCUGCACAGGAAGUGACGGCUCCUGCCAGGCCAUCGUAAUGUGCACCAUCUUUCAGGACUACUGCUUUAGAUCAGGUUCCGGUGUAAAUAUCACCAUGGGAUGUGCUUCAGGAAGUGUCUGUGAGGACCCGGUGGGUUUGAGCACCUAUCUACAUGUUGCCCUCACGUCUGAGAUGUCCUGCUGCCAAGGCACUGCCUGUAACAAGCCUGCCAAUUCAUCUUUGAUUUGCUUCACAUGCGACUCUGAGUAUUGUGAGGGGACCCAGAUUGCCGUGUGUCCUUCCAAUACAUCGACUUGUGCAACGGUGGUGCAGUCAUCGAAUGCAAACUUGAACACAUUGAGCUCUUUUCACAAAUCCUGCUCCACCCCGGAGACCUGUGGCUGGAAUAUUUCCAUUAAUUAUGGAUAUGGGAGCAACAGCUGGAUCUCUCAGUGCUGCAACUCUGAUCUGUGCAACAAUGGGAGAGUCGACGUGCCUGUUGGUGCCAAUGGCCUGCUGUGCUGUGCUGGAAGUGACCCCACCUGUCAGAAUGUGGUGAUGUGCUCAGGGAUUGAGGACCACUGCUUUACAUCAGAUAAUGGGCAGAGUGUCUUCAAGGGGUGUGCUUCACAAACUGUCUGUGAAAAUCCUGGAAGUGCCUUCACCUACCUGCAAAUCUCCCUCGGGGCUCAGAUGAGCUGCUGUCAGGGGAACUUGUGCAACAGUCCCACUUCUGCUUUGGUUUGUAAUGACUGCACGUCGUCCAUCUCCUGGGACUCCUGCCAAAACUCCCUGAGUCAGUGUAGCCUGCAGAACUCGUCAUGCGCAACAAUCGUGGGAGUGGACACGCUGGAUGCCUUCACCUCCAGCACUUUUCAGAGAGGUUGUGUCACGCCAGAGAGAUGCAAUGUCAGCCUGAUGAUAAAGUCCGAGUUAGUGAGUAAAACGAGGAUAACGAGUUGCUGUGACUCUGAUCAGUGCAACAACGCAACAGUGAAUGUUUCCAGUGAACUCAACAGUCUGAUGUGCUGUGCUGGAAGCACGGGGAUUUGUGAUAGCAUCGUGAACUGCAGUGGAAUUCAGGACAACUGCUUCACUGCAGGUGAUGGACAGACUCUUCUCAGUGGCUGUACUUCUGCAAAUCUCUGUGACAAUCCUCUGACUGUUGCUACGUUCCUGGGAAUUGCGUCCAUAUCUCAGGUCAGCUGCUGCCAAGGAAAUCUCUGCAAUAAACCCAGCUCCAUUAUCACUUGUAACAGUUGUUUUUCCUCCACAUCCUGGGAAUCUUGCACAAGCGUGCCUACUACGUGUAUUUCUCCAAAUUCCACAUGUGGAACUGUGGCGUCAUUUGAUGCAAGUUUGGGCACAUAUACUUUUUCAGAGAGCUGCGUGUCAGUCGAGAAAUGCAACAUCACUGCUUCAGUCAAUUAUGGUGGCAACAGUUCAGUGUGGACUACAGAGUGCUGUGGCACCGAUCUGUGCAAUGCUCAGCCAGUUAACAUAUCCAGUGAUCUGAAUGGCUUUGUGUGCUGUGCCGGGACCAAUGGAAGUUGCCAGAGUAUGGUCAGCUGCACCGGUGUCCAGGACUUCUGCUUCACAUCUGUUACUGACCUGGGCAUCUACAUGGGCUGCACCUCUCAAAAUGUCUGUCAGAAUCCUGGAGCUUUUAAUCUGGGACUUCCUACAAGUAUACAGAUGACCUGCUGCCAAGGGAGCUUCUGUAACAUGCCAGUCACCUCCUUAACAUGUCUCAGCUGCUAUUCUCGUGACUCCUGGGAGGCCUGUGACAACAGCAGCUCACUAUGUAGUGGCAGUGAUACGGUCUGCACCACGGUCCUGUCUUCCUACGCAUCAACUAUAUCAGUCUGCUAG